AUGGGGAAGGUUCACCCUCAGGCCCCAUUUUCCUCUUCCCCAACUGAAUACUUCACUUCAAAACAAGAAACAUUCACCAUAUGGAUGAAGUCUCUCAUACUGAACGGCUAUGGUUGCACUGUCUUCGAUUCGAACGGUCGAAUUGUGUAUCGUGUAGACAACUAUGACUGCAAAUGCAGAGGUAAAGUUUAUCUUAUGGAUUUGAAAGGCAAAAUCCUAUUCACCAUUCUGAGAAAGAAAUUCAGAUUGCUUGGUCUUUGGGAGGGCUACAGAUCCACAGGUAAAGAGGCCAACCCAGACAGGCCUGGUUUUCAAGUUAGACAAAGAUUUAGGUUGUGUAGAGGGAGGUCACAGUGUAGGGUUAUUGUAGGGCAAGAGAAGAACCAAACACAGCAAUACAGAAUAGAAAGCUUGAGCAGCAAGUCAUCCUACAAGAUACUAGACAAGUCUGGAAGACCAGUUGCAGAGGUAAAGAGAAAGCAAUCAGCAUGUGGAGUGGUUCUUGGAGAAGAUGUUUUGACAGUGGUGGUAGAGCCCUUCAUAGAUCACAGUCUCAUCGUGGGGCUUCUUGUUGUGUAUGGUCUCAUCAACCGUAAAAUGUGAAAGUGUGGAAGUAAAUCGGCAACAAAUAUAUAUGGGAUUGUAAGUUGUAAAUUAUCCAAAUUAGUGAAGAGCAAAGUUCAAACUACAA